AUGAAAAAGGAUGUUGUCAUCGAACGUCAUCCAUCACAAAUUCAGAUGACUAUUGAUCAAGCUUUUGAAUUUAUUACGAAUUAUAUUGAUGAAUUCAAUCGAAAAGUUCUGCAUGGUUAUCAUAAUACAACAUUUGCUGAUCAGAUUAUUGCACCUAUUGCUGAUCAUAUGUCAAAUGUUUGUUCAUUUGUUGAUUUAAUUCGACCAAGUAUUGAUGCAUAUUAUGAAUCAAUCGAAAAUCUUUGUGAUCCAUCAGCAACAGUGACCGAUUUGAAUUGUAUUAUUGCCACUGUUGAAACACGACAAGGUGCUUUACAAGUUAAUAAACAAAGACAAGAAAAUGGUUUAUCUCAAUUAGCCGUUCAUGUUUUACCAAUGAUUCCAGCUGAUAAUAAUAAUCAAGAUGGAGAUAAUAAAUUAAGUUCAACUUCAUUUCGACGACAAAUAUUUAGUAUCCUUCUUAUUAUCUCUUAUAGUAAUAGGCCAAAUCAAAUUCACCGUAUAUUAUUGGUCUUACUGAUGGUAUAGAUUCAGAAAAAUCAAGUAUCGCUGGUAGAAUAGAAAAGAUUGAUGCUGCUAUUAUUGAUUGUGAUAAACUAGGUGACUAUUUCAUUAUUCUAAUCAUUGAAAAUCACUUCAGCCGAGAGAUCAUUUAAACAAAUCUAUGCAGGCCAGCAAACGUAUAAGAUCGAUACUGAUGUAUAUAAAUAGAUAAUCGAAACAUUUGGUGAACAAAUUGUUAAUUCCAUUGAUCGAUCAAUUGAUCGAAAAGUUCUUGAUAAAAAAAGUCGCUUCAGUCAUUUGAUGAAAUGAAAAAACUAACUGAUAUUGUCAGGUCUGUUAUUUUAAAUUUGGUACACGAACAUAUUGAAUAUUUAUUUAAGGAAGAUAGUAAGGUAAACUGGUCUCUUGAUAUGUUCACAAAUUAAUUCUAUAAGGUAAACGAGUAAUUGUAUUUGAUGCAACUGUAUUACUUAAUGCAAAGUGGACUAUAGCAGUCAAUGAAAUAUGAAUUGCAUCUAUUCCUUCGAAAGAAGUAUUCAUUUUCAAUCAUUUAAUCUUUGUAUUUAUUUAUCAACUGGUUUUUCUUUGUUUUUCUAAGGCUAUUCGGUGUGUUGUUGAACGAGAUGAGAUCGUACCAGAUGAAGUAAAGCAUUGUUUUAAAUGCUCAAAUGUCAAAUCAACAACGAUUUCCAUAUGCCAAUGUUCUUCUUUGUAUUUAUUGGGCAGAUAGUGUUACUCAAAAACAAAUUGAACGUGCUUAGCAUUUGCUUUUGCAACGUAUCAUUGGUAAUGUUUCUACAUUAUAAUUAAAUUUAUUUGAAGUCUUUUUACGCAUAGUUAUUUUCAUUUUUUCUACUUUUGAUCAUUAUAAAUCUAUCUUUUUUUGCAAUCAUUUAUGCUG